AAUAUAAAAAUUGGUGAAUACCCAAUAAAUAACUCGUAAUUAUAGGUUAUAAUUAAAUUUUUGAAAUUUGAAACUAAUUUUGACUUUUUACUUUUAUAUAUAUUCCCAAAUUUUAAUUUAAUUUAAUGAGUUUUUACUUGUACAUGCUAGUGAAAUUUAGUAUUCAUAAAAGCAGAAGUACUUAACCUUGUUUAAAAAUCUCGUAAUUUCAAAAAAUGAGUAUUUAAAUAAAUAUGUGUAUUUAAUUAUUAAAUAAACAUAUGUUUUGUUGCUUUGUUAUCAAAUAAUAUGUUAUUAUUACGGAUACAAGACGUUGUAGAUAGGUAUAUUUGUUAGAACAAUAAAAAUGGACCAUUACGAAAACAGGAAAUUCAAAAGAUAUUUAGGAUAUUUCUUAAUUUUAUCUUCUAUACUCAUAUUCUGGAAAAUAAUGACAAUAGAAAAAGACAAUGGGUUAUUAAUAGGAGAUCUUAAGGAUAGAUUGCGUAUAUACCAAUAUAAAUUGCAUCUUACACCCCAACAGAUGAUUUUAUUGAAUAUGCUCGAGAAUGAUAAACAUUUAGACGAUAUGCCUUUUAUUUAUGCCAUAACUCCUACAUAUUAUAGGUAUGUUCAAAAAGCUGAACUCACUAAAAUAUCUCAAACUUUAAUGCUUGUACCAAAUAUCCAUUGGAUAGUUGUUGAAGAUUCCGAAGAAAAAACUGCUUUGGUGACUAAUUUAAUAGCAGAAUCGGGGUUGAAAGUAACACAUCUCACCGCUAAAACACCCCCGUUUGAAAAACUUAAAGCAAAGGAUCCAAGAUGGAAACGACAUAGAGGUGUAGAACAAAGGAAUAAAGGACUCAGUUGGUUGAGAUCCAAUAUGCAACUGGGGAAAGAUAAAGGAUACGUUUAUUUCAUGGAUGACGAUAACACUUAUAGUAUUAAACUUUUUUCAGAGAUAAUGAAAAUUAAAAAAGUGGGUGUUUGGCCAGUUGGACUUGUCGGAGGGUUUUCAGUUGAAACUCCUGUUUUAAAUCGGGAAACUGGGAAAGUGGAAAGUUAUAAAAGCGGUUGGAAACCUCAGCGACCUUUCGCUAUAGACAUGGCUGGAUUUGCUCUGAGUUUAGAUCUAAUACUAGCGAAACCGUAUGCGAAUUUUUCUUAUAAAAUGGAUAAGGGCUUCCAGGAGAGUCAAUUUUUGAGUUAUUUUACAACUAAAGAAGAAUUAGAACCUCUAGCGGAUAAUUGUACAAAAGUUUACGUGUGGCAUACUCGUACAGAAAAUCCAGUAGUUAGGGCUGAAGUUAAAGGUUAUGAAGUAUAACUUUUAUCCAUAAAAAAUUUAAUUUUAAGAAAAUUUUCUGAUUUUCAACAAUUUUAUUUUGUUUAAAUCGAAGAUUUUCUCACAAAUUCGUAUUUACAGGGUGAUGUGAAAUAUUUGAGAUUACAGAUUUGAUUAUUAAUUUUUUUUUCUAUAAUGCAUAUCUAUAUAAUAAAAAUAUAUUUUAUACAAGGGGUAUAUAAAAAGUUUUAACUCAUUUUAUAUAAAAAUCAUGAAAAAUUCAAUUUACAAUAACAAAAUCUGUUAAAUAUAAAAUUUUAUAGUUCGAUUUUGUUAUAUUUGGUAAAUUUAAUAUAGGGUGGGUCAAGAUAUAUAAUUUUUUCUACUAAAUCGCCCUGUAUUCUAUAUUAUGAUCCAAUUUUUUAAUAAAAUUCAUCAUUCCUUGUACUUGUCAAUUUUUUAUGAUCAUAUUUUUAAAUUAGUACUUAAUGAGUUUUUUUUAGAAAAAAUUUUAUAGCUUCUAUAAAUUUAUUUCUUAUUUACCUUUUCUGCAGCUGAGGUAUGCUAAUCUAACUUAAAAUUGUGAUAGUUUUGCUCAUUGUAUUUUUUUAUAUUUUUAAAAAUAAAUUAUUUGUUUAUAUUUAAA